AAGAUGAAGUUAAUUUGAGCCGCCGCAGCACCACCAAAGAGUCUAAUGCGAUUGGACAGGUGUUACACUAUUUUCCGUAGAAGCUAUUGACGGUGCGCGUUUGUUUGUUUUUCUCCUCUCUUAUCGACGACAACAAACACAAAAAGUACAGCACGACGUCCUCGCAUUUCCGUUUCAAGCUCCGAUUUCACGGUUUUGUUCAGCUAUAUUGAUGAACGUCAUUUCUACUGAUUAGAAUUGACGAUCCGCAUCAAACUUGAUCAUCAGCGUUUUUUUUAUCUGGUGGCCGCUGAAAUCGGUCGCCUUCUUCACGCUCGAUUGCCCACGUCUCUUGUCACUUAUCCAUUGCGCAAUGGAAUCUUAUUCGUCGUCGUCCAAGUUAGAGCUUGGUAACAGUUUGCUACAUUCGACCAGUAACGAAUCUUCGCCGCAAAGUUCCAAUAACGGCGACAUGAAACGGAAGACUUGCAGCGGAGGUGGAAGCAACAACGGCCAGCACCUGAUCCCGACGUCCGUGCCAGGCUUAACCUCUGACUUGACCUCACUCUACGCUCUGGAGAACUUGCACCAUCAUCAUCACCAUCAUCAUUCGGCGGGCUUGUCUCAUCAUCAUUCACAUCAUUCGUCUCAUCAUCACAAUUUGAUCGGUGGUGGCAAUUCGUCUAUUACGAGCAUCGCACCGUCUACAUCCAGCUCGCAGAGCAUCCAAUCAGGAGCUGGAGGUUUGCUGAAUUCUGGAAAUCCACUCGGCCUACCUGGCCCCGAAGGCGCUUUCAAAAAACUCAAGUCGGAAAGCUCUUCGCUCGGUGGCGUCGGUCCUGGAGGAGGCGGAGGAUCGAAUAGCUGCGUCGGCAAUUCGCACAUCCACAACCCGACGGCGGCUGCUUGUCCCACUCCUGCACGUCGUCGACACCGCACUACCUUCACUCAAGAGCAGUUACAAGAGCUGGAGGCAGCGUUUGCCAAGAGUCACUAUCCGGACAUUUAUUGCCGCGAAGAACUGGCUCGCGUCACCAAACUCAAUGAAGCUCGCAUUCAGGUUUGGUUCCAGAAUCGCCGCGCCAAGUAUCGCAAACAGGAGAAACAAUUGCAAAAAGCUCUGGCUCCGUCCGUUCUGCCGGCCUGCAAUGGAGCCGCCAUGAUGAGGAACAUUUACCCGACGGCUAGUCGCGGAUAUCAACCCUAUCCUCAUCCCAAUACCUUCCAGAUGAACAGAUAUCCACAAAAUGAAUUCUCGCAGUACUUGUCGGAUUUGACCCAGAUGAACCAUAGCGCUGCGGCUGCUUACACGUCGAUGGCACAACCAUUCGGAGUUUCAGCUCAUACUCCGCCUCAUAUGCCAACUGUACGCCAAGAUUCCAUGACAGGCAUGACAUCCGAGGACGAAUGGUACAACAAAAGCUUGACUGCGCUGCGCAUGAACUCCGCCCACUCGGCAAACCUGACCACGCCCGUUCUUCAGUACCAAUCUUAAGUCGCCUCAUUCGAUUGCUUGAAAUUGAACCGAGAUUCCCAGUGAAUGAAAGAAAUCAUUCCAGUUUUAUUGACGUAUGUUUAAUCCCUGUUUAUAUGACCUAUUUAUUAUAUGGCCAUUUGAAUUGCGGAUCAGUUAAAAAGAAAUUCCAGCAAAACAUGUUUGCAAACAACAUUCAUCAGACCCAAACUCUCUCGCAAGUCGUGGGAUCCAAAUAUUUCCAACGUGGAAUUUCAUUGCCCCUUCGUUGGUGAAGGGCUCCAGUCUCUAUCAUAUUUAUAUCGUGCUCAUAAUGUAAUCAUCAAGCGCGAAAGUCUCUGUAUCAUAAAUGCCCGAUGUAGCUGCCAAUUUGUUUUUUUGCCGAUUUCAUUUUGUUUUCUCUUUAUUGUUUUUAUUGUGCAAUAACCCUACAGUCAUGAAUGACUCUUUUCAUUCUCAAUCCUUCUGUGCAUUGAUGGUGUAAAAAAAAAUACUCAAUAGAAGCUCUUUUUCUUGUCCCUGUCAUUUGAAGGAAGAUAUUAUUUGAGUUUUACACGUUACAUCUUGAACUAUAUCUACUGCAAUUUUCUUAUAUGUAAUUUCCAAUGACAGCGUUUUUACUGAACAUUACCCCUAGUACGUAUUUUUUUUCUUUGUGACACAUUUCAUUUUUCGACGCAACGUUCAUUGUCCUACCAAUUUGAAUAAAUAUAGUUACACCCAA